AUGGACGGUGACCCUGCUGUCGAGCCGCAGCUCGACCCGUUCAGCCGGGUGUUUCCUUUGCCGUACCGCGUGGGCUUCAUCGUGACGCUCGCUGUCUGGGGUUGGGGCCUCAACCUUCACGGGCUCUACCUGCACAAGAUCGACGUGCCAGCGCUGAUACGAUAUCCCGGACGCACCUCGCCGCAUCAUGUCCCGCACCACCACUCGACGUACCGGCUCGCCACAGUGCUGUCGGUCCUCUUCGGCGUCUCCAUCCUCCUCUUCUGGCUCGUCACGUGGAGCGUGCCGGCGCGCGUUGUCGCCUACGACUGGAUACCGAUGACAUACCUUGUCGCCGUCGUGGCCAUCUUCGUCGUGCCCCUCAGGCACCUUCCAAGCGGCGGGCGACACCGAUUCCUCGCGACUCUACGCCGGGUGAGCAUUGGCGGCAUAGCUGAAGCGCAAGACGGCAAGUUUGGGGACAUCUUGCUUGCCGACGUGUUGACAUCGUACGCCAAGGUGUGCGGCGACUUAUUUGUCACCGUAUGCAUGUUUUUCAGUAGCGGAGGGUCGUCUACGGAACGACCUGAUCGCAAUUGUGGAGGCACUGUGAUCGUGCCGCUCCUCAUGGCGGUGCCAAGCGCGAUUCGGUUCCGGCAAUGCAUGAUCGAAUACUUGCGCGUGCGACGCGCGCCAUACAAGGAAUCCGUUGGCUGGGGAGGGCAACACUUGGCCAAUGCACUCAAAUACUCUACGGCGUUCCCGGUCCUCAUCACGAGCUCGUUGCAACGGAACGCACAGGGCGACGCUGCCAAGGCCGCCUACAACAGGGCGUGGCUGGUCGCGGUCCUGGCCAACUCCCUCUACUCCUUCUACUGGGACGUUGCAAAGGAUUGGGACCUGACCCUCUUUUCCACGCGGCGAGCGCGCACCUCGCCGCAUCACCCGUGGGGUCUGCGCGACAGGCUCGUCUUCCGAUCCGCGACCAUCUACUACGUGGUAAUCGGCAUGGACUUGAUGCUGCGGUGCAGCUGGUCGAUGAAGCUGAGCCCGCACCUCGACCGGUUCAGCGACUUUGAAAGCGGCAUCUUCCUUAUAGAGUUUCUCGAGGUGUUUCGGCGCUGGAUCUGGAUAUUUUUCCGCGUGGAAACGGAAUGGCUCCGGAACUCGUCGACGGGCCUCGGGGUCGACGACAUCCUCUUGGGCAAUUUUCAGGGAAAGGACGACGACGACGAUUAG